AGAUCACCAUUACGUGUCCGUCCCUUCCAAAAUGAAUACGCAACAAACCCUUCUGUAAUUGUUAUAACUGUGCCACCUACCCAAAUGAAUACACAAUAAACCCUAAGUCUUGGAUAUGAGGCGAACUCCCCAAGGUCCCUAGCCUGCAGCCUUAGAGGCCUCAUGCCUAAUGAAUGCCCAAACAACAGCUAUAACUAAUACUACCUACAAAUGAGAAAUGACUAAAUAAAUCAAGAAAUUAAUGGCCUAUUCCACAAAAUACACUCAGCACUAUUGCUAUCUCAGCUCACACAUGGUGAUAACCAAUGAUGUGGAGAACUUCAGACAAAUGUCUCUGCGAUAAAAACGAGGACCAACAACCUCAAAACUUGGUUUUGUGCAUUCAUUAUUCACAACAAGCAUUCAUUUCAGCCAUUCAGUUCUCUUUUCUUCAAUACCUUUUCUCUAAUUAGCCCUCUAAGGGAUUGAUUUUCUAGCCCUAGUAGACUAUCAAGGUACCUGAAAAUCAUGGCAGCAGCAGGACUUAAAUCAACGAGGGCUGCAAUCUGUACCUCUACCCAGACCCGUUCAGCCCACGUCACCAUCCAUAACAGAGCCUGCAACUUGGCAUCCAAACUAGUUCAAUUUGGUUCUUCUCCUUCGUUGCCAAAAGUUGCCCCAUUGCAAUCAUCCUCUUUUUUCCCUUGCACACUACAGGUAUCUAAGAAUAUUAAGACAGAAGCAGUCAAGUUUAGCAGAAAGUCUACCGUGGUUCAUGCUUCUGCCAGUGAAAAUGGAGCUGCCCCUGGACUGUCAAUUGAUCUAAGAGGUAAAAGAGCUUUUAUUGCUGGAAUAGCUGAUGACAAUGGUUAUGGUUGGGCCAUAGCAAAGUCCCUAGCUGCUGCUGGUGCAGAAAUUCUUGUUGGCACUUGGGUUCCGGCCAUGAACAUAUUUGAAACCAGCUGGAAGCGGGGCAAGUUUGACGAAUCACGGGUAUUGCCAAAUGGGUCAUUGAUGGAGAUCUCUAAGAUUUAUCCUAUGGAUGCAGUUUAUGAUACUCCCGAGGAUGUUCCUGAAGAUGUAAAAUCAAAUAAAAGAUAUGCGGGAGCUUCCAAUUGGACUGUGCAGGAACUUGCAGAGUGCGUUAAACAAGAUUUUGGAAGUAUUGAUAUUCUUGUGCAUUCACUUGCAAAUGGUCCAGAGGUGACUAAACCUCUCCUUGAAACUUCAAGAAAUGGAUAUCUUGCAGCAGUCUCAGCAUCAAGUUAUUCUUUUGUAUCAUUACUAAAGUAUUUUAUUCCUAUCAUGAAUCCUGGUGGAUCAACAAUAUCUCUCACCUAUAUUGCAUCAGAAAGGAUUAUUCCAGGAUAUGGCGGUGGAAUGAGCUCUGCAAAAUCUGCUCUUGAAAGUGAUACUAGGGUGCUUGCAUUUGAAGCAGGAAGGCGCUACAAUAUAAGAGUAAAUACAAUUUCAGCAGGACCAUUGAGAAGCAGAGCUGCGAAGGCCAUUGGAUUUAUAGAUACCAUUAUUGCCUACUCAACAGCAAAUGCUCCCUUGCAGAAGGAGUUGUUGGCAGAUGAGGUUGGAAAUGCAGCUGCAUUUUUGGCUUCGCCACUAGCUUCUGCAAUAACAGGAACAAUUGCCUAUGUGGACAAUGGGUUGCAUGCUAUGGGAGUUGGGGUGGAUAGUCCAGCAUUCUCUGAAUUGGCAAUGCCACAAGCAGAACAAAGCAAGGUUCCAGCGUGAUUUUUGUUAUAGAUUGAUCAGUCUGGGCAAAUCAAGAGAUUUGUCUAUUAUCAGUGGACAUCUAGAAGUAAUCAUUUUUCAUUUGGUAAAGAAUGGGUAGUCUGUUAUGAUAUUGUUCACAUAGUUUAGUUGGUUGCCAACAUAAAAAAUAUUUCUUUAUCAGCACAAGACCUGAGAAAUCAGAAAUAGGAGGCCUGUCUUCUCCAAAUGAAAAUGUCAUUUAUGAAAACAAUGGCUGUAUAGAGGAAUUUUUGCUCACAUGAUAGCCCUGCAUCUACAUGUGAUUGUCAUUUGACUCUGCUAGUUUUGAAGAGUUUUGCAUCAAGCAUACUGGUAGUUACUUUUUCUGAUUUA